AUGGAGGGCAAGCUUCCUCCCCUCCCGCAACCCAACGCAGAUGGUACCUGUUCCGAUAUACAGGUUGCAGCUGGCGACUCAUGCGCAACGCUCUACGAAAAGUGCGGAAUCACUCCUAGCCUCCUCACCAAGUACAAUCCGGCAACCAAUUUCUGCGCAACUCUGAAAGAGAACCAAUGGAUUUGCUGCUCGUCAGGUCCCCUUACAGACAGGAGACCAAAGAACAACGCCGAUGGAUCAUGCGCUACCUACACCGUCAAAAAGGGUGACUCUUGCAGCAUGAUUGAGGCCGCAAAUGGAAUGUCGGAGGGAGAGCUGGAAACCUACAACAAGAAGAAGACGUGGGGUUGGGCCGGUUGCGACAAGCUCUGGCCGGAUGCCAAGAUCUGCCUCAGCUCAGGAACUCCUCCUAUGCCCGCUCCCAUCGCCAACGCCGUAUGUGGCCCACAGAAGCCUGGAACUGUCAAGCCCCCCACCGGCACCAACAUCAGCACUCUCAAUCCCUGCCCGUUGAACACUUGCUGCAAUAUUUGGGGCCAGUGCGGCACCACCAAGGAAUUCUGUGAGGUUACGGGUGACGGAACUCCAGGCACGGGGACUUGCAUCAGCAACUGCGGCAUGAACAUCGUCAACAACGCCGCCCCGCCGGCACAAUUCCUCAAGAUCGGGUACUUCGAGGCCUGGAACGCUGACCGCGCCUGCCUGUGGCUGGACGCCAGCUCGAUCGACGAGACUAAGUUCACCCACGUCCACUUUGCCUUUGCCGACAUCACAUCCGACUUUCGGGUUGAUGUCAGCAAGGUGCAGGCCCAGUUCAACAAGUUCAAGGCUCUGAAGACAGCCAAGCGGAUUGUGGCUUUUGGCGGCUGGACGGCGUCGACAAGCCCGACCACCUUCAGGGUUUUCCGGGAUGGCGUCAAUUCUGCCAACCGUGGCACGCUUGCGAACAACAUUGCCAACUUCGUCAGGGAACACGGGCUUGACGGUGCCGAUAUCGACUGGGAGUAUCCUGGGGCUCCCGAUAUGCCCGACAUUCCGCCAGCGGAUCCCAUCGACGGCCCCAACUAUCUGGCCUUCCUGAAACUGCUCAGGGCCGCGCUGCCGACGGGCACGUCUCUCUCCAUUGCGGCUCCGGCAAGCUACUGGUACCUGAGGGCCUUCCCCAUCAAGGACAUCGGCACCGUCGUCGAUUACAUUGUCUACAUGACAUACGAUCUCCACGGCCAGUGGGAUGCCGGCUCCAAAUGGUCGCAGGACGGCUGUCCGAGCGGCAGAUGUCUACGUUCCCACGUCAACAGCACGGAGACCUACAACGCCCUGGUCAUGAUCACCAAAGCUGGCGUGCCGGCCAACAAGGUUAUUGUCGGAGUGACCAGCUACGGCCGCGCCUUCAAGAUGAAGGACCCCAACUGCAGAGACGACAUGUGUGAGUUUACCGGCACCUCGACCGUCUCAGAAGCCCUGCCGGGACCGUGCACCGGAACCAGAGGGUACAUCGCCAAUGCCGAGAUCCAAGAGUUCAUCACCAUCCACGCAGAGCAGACCAGACCAGACGGCCUCCGUAAGCGGGAGGAUAUCGUUGACGUCGAAGUGUACUACGACAAAGCCACCCAGUCCAAUAUCGCCAUCAUCAACGGAACCUGGGUCGCGUACAUGGACGCCUUGGAGAAGUCGAGACGGUCGCAGAAGUACCAGGCUCUGAACCUCGGCGGCACGACCGACUGGGCGCACGACCUCGAGGAAUUCACCGACAUCGAGCGCCGCACCGCCGGCCCCGUCCUGCGAAACCGGUUCACCAACAAGGGCAUACUCCUGGGGAACCCCGGCAGCGUGACGCGUUGGUACGAUGUAUCGUGCGAUAUCCACGCGGUCACGCAGGCCGACAUGGACCGUAAAGAGAGGUGGCAGGGCGUGAUGGCGGACGAGGCGUGGGCCGACGCGAUCAAGGCAUACGAGAUGAGCGAGCGGGACACGGGGAGCUUCUCGUCGUGGAUCAUCGGCGUCUUCUUCCGCGGAAUCCAGGGCGUGGACUGCGGGACGGUGCAACCUGGAAACUCGUGCCUGAACCCUCAGAAUACUUGCGUCGACAAAGGCGACGUCGAUGCACCGGCCAGGACGGGCCCCGCGGGGAUGUUCAUUGCAAAGUCGUUUGUCAAGCUCGAGGAGGUAUGCGUUCCCGGCCUCGGCGUUCGUCAGUAA